UCGUUCAUUCGUGUUUUGCCGCUACGUACAAUCGGACGUUGUUUGAGUGAAACCAAAAAUUUGCCGCAUAUUGUGAUCCUCCAUUUUAGUUUUAGCUUGUGAACGGCUUAUGCCACAGUGGGCAAGUGGAAAAUUGAUUUUCUGUGAAAUUUUUUGAUAACUGGAACUGCGCUAAACGAGUUUCGAAAAGGUGAAUUAUGGUUGGCUCACGGGUGUACGUGGGUGGUUUACCAUACGGCGUUCGAGAACGUGAUUUGGAGCGGUUUUUCAAAGGCUAUGGAAGAACCCGUGACAUUCUCAUUAAGAACGGAUACGGCUUUGUGGAAUUUGAGGACUACCGCGACGCAGACGAUGCGGUUUAUGAAUUGAAUGGGAAAGAGUUACUAGGAGAAAGAGUGGUUGUUGAACCAGCACGAGGAACCGCGCGUGGUCCAGGUGGGCGUCGCGAGCACGAUCGCUACGACCGUUACGAUCGUCGUGGAGGAGGACGCUACGAUAAAUAUAGAAGCAAUUCCAGGAACAGUUCGCGCUAUGGGCCACCCCUCAGGACUGAGUAUCGUUUGAUUGUGGAGAAUUUGUCUUCUCGUGUCAGCUGGCAGGCAACCCUCCUUUCAUUAACUGGGGUUUGCAGUGAAGAGUGAGAGAGAGAGAGACUGACAGGAAGACCGAUUACCAAACUCUUGCCUUGCCUAAUCGAAUUACCACGAGAUGAUGAUGAUGAUGACGGUGAGAAGACCACAUGUGCAUGGCCAAGCUGAUGGCGUUGACUUACGGAAUCAAUGAGCCACGUAGCCACCGAUGGGGGAUGCGAAGCUUCUGAGGACCAUCAACUUCUAGAGGAACGCGCAGUUCUAUACCGUUUUGUCACAUACCAAUGUUUUCAGUCAUCAUCCGUGGUUCGGAGGUCGUAUCUUUUUGUUGGCUACCUAGAAUCACAUCGGUUGUACUCCUCACACUACUACUACCUCGUACAAACUCCUCGGUGGUCAUUGUCCUCGGACGAGCUGAACUGGAUUUCUCUCUAGAGUGUCGGGUCGUAGUGCGGAAUAAGAUAAUCGCCAAGGUUUAUACAUACGCGUGUCCGGGACGUGGAAAUCGGUUACCAUCAGCCAAAAGUACAGUUAUAUUUAUCACAAUUUUUUUAGCCUUCACAAAACAUGUAUCAUUUCUAUUAAUUUUUUUGAAUUUCUAAAUCAAAUUUAAAGAUCCAAUCCAUUACACUGAUGCGCGCGCCACAGAGUCUCAAAGGAAGCGUAAGAGUCAUGUAAAAGCCAUCCCCAUAUCAGACUGACAGUGAGAAAGGGAUAAAGGGACACAAUCCAGACAGGGUCCAGGACUACUGCCUCACAAUAAUGUUAAGCUCAUCCAUUCCGAUGAGCUUCCUUCCGGUGAGCUUUAUGGUGGCCGACCAAUGCGCUUGAACGAACCACACGGUCCCGUGGACGUUGUUUCGCACGAUGGAUAUUCUACUGUCAACGCAGUUCGUCCAUCUUCGUACUAAAUUAAACACCCCGUGCUGCUGGUUUCUGCUGACUAAAAAAAAAAGAGAAAUCUUUUUCCUACCUUUUCUAUUAAACAUCUUUGAUUGAGCCCCUCUUCGGCCACUUUUGGUGUAGCGCGUCUAUUCUAACGAUGCCUUGAUGAGGACACUUCCGCUUCGAAAAAAUCGCUUGCUUUACACACACGGUUUGGUGGAAUAACUAUCGCUUGAGAGAUGAUACUGGUACGCUGUGAUGAUGGUUGGCCGUCCGCAUUAAGAAAAAAAACACAACACGACAAAUGCCAAUCUGAGCCAAAUGAAGAGCACGCAGAAGACUGAGAGACUGCGAGAGUGGCCAAAUUUCCUAAGGUUUUUUUGAGAGACACAUGUGCGCGACAAUCCUCCACGCAAGAAGGGUGUGUCCCGGCCCAAAGGUAAUGGUCGAUUUUUACUCACUUUCAUUUAGAUACAUUUCUUUUAUAUCUAAACAGCCAAGCGAAUAAUUUAUAACUUAAUCUAACGUCCAAACAUUGCUUUUUUGUUUAUGAUCACGUCAAUACGAAAGCAAACCAAAAAAACACAAAUCGUGUGAAAGUGAUGGUUUAAAAGGGGAUUUGUUCAUAAUGAAAAGAAUCAUGUAACAACGGACGUAAAAAAGGAGUAUUGAUCGGGACGGAACAAAGGAUGUGGAAAAGCUAAUGACAGAACCAGAAACGGAAAUAGAUGGAAGCGGAAGAGAAGUUUCCAUCUCCAAGCACAACUUGAGCCCCAAAUCGAUGUAUAAAAUAUACGAACUGAGAGUUCUACACCUGUAGGAACACCCAUACUAUCGAUGCAGAGUAGCCUACCUUCGAUGCCAUAGAUGAUAAUAUCGGUUCAGGAGACACGACAACGGACCCGGAAGGAACCCAAAAACAACAGAAAUGCUAUCGCAGAAGAAAUGAUGGUCUUCAUUUACUGAUUUAUUCCCCACCAACAAGCAAAAUGGAGAGGAGGACGAGCUAAUGGAACUCGAUCACAAGAACAAAAGCCAGAUGAACACAAUGAACGCGUCGAUACUGAUUCUUUUCAUUAUGAUACGUAUAAUCUAGUUCAGUUCCCUAUCUAACUCAAGUACAGUCUCUCGUGAAAAGGCAAGAUUUUUUUUACCAGAACAAGUAAAAGUCAGAUGCGUAGUUUGUUGUGAGAACUUACUUCCUAGCUUCCGGAUUUUGUUGCGAAGCGAAUACUAAUGCUCUCGUGUUUUGCUUAUUGUUUCUUUUUGUUUCAUAAAAAAAUAUUGUUGCGGGAAUGAUCAGGACUUGAAGGAU